AAGACAUAUAUACAAUGGAGGAGACGACUACAGCAGGACAGGAAAAUUCGGCUUCUGGACCAGAGAGUUCUAUAGAUUACAUGCCUAGCAUCAAGUGUCGACUUGAUUGUCCUGAAAUACCCACACUGGUUAAUCUGUACAAACCACUCAUUGUUCGGGCUUUGAAAGUCAACGAUUUCGUACAUUAUCUGCAUGGCGUUAUCAAAACACGACAAAAAGAAAGAAUAAUUCAACAGGGAGAAAAUGUAGGGUCUACGACUGCCAUGGGAGAUCUGCUGUGUGCCAUACAUGCAAGCGACAAUAUAAAUAAGUGGACGAUAUUUGUUAACAUUGUAGAGAAAAUGGGUUAUGAAUAUGUAGCCAAAGCUUUACGAGGGGAAGAAGUGAAAAGAGAUGCUUAUGAGAAGUUUCGAAAAAUUCUGCAACCAUAUACAAUGAAGCUUGUUGAAAACCUGGAUCCUUCUGAUUUGUUGCCAGACCUGGUAUCCCAAGGGAUCAUAACGUUUUCAGAUAGAGAACAUAUAAAUACUGAAUCAAAUAGAAAUGGAAAUAUGGCGGCAAUAAUUGUCCUUCUAGACAGGAUAUGGAGAAAAAAAGAAAAUUGGUACCACUCAUUCUUAGGUGUGCUGUGCAAACAAAACUACAAGAAUAUUGCAGAAGAGAUUGACGAAGAGUUUGUGAAAGAAUGGGAGAAAACGAAGGGGAUAAGAGAAAGCACUGAAACCAGCCAACACUGUCCAUUUGGUAUUCCAGCACAGAGAGAGAAAUACACUAAACCAGUUCAAUGCGUCUCUGACAAUGAAGAAUAUAAACUCCCACCAUCGCUCGGCUUGAGCUCGCUGUUGUAUGCUAGAGAUUCAAAAUCCAUUGAAGAAAUAACAUCCACUGAUAAAAUACAAGAAAAAAAUGAUACAGAGGAAACAAAGGAAAAAUAUAUUGAAAUACACAAUAUAACGAACAUCAGUAGUGAGAACGAGACCGAUUUGAAAACUGUUUGUUCAAGUAAAUCAGAGGCAGAGAGCACGCUAGAAUCGGCGUCCUUAGAAGAUAAAGUAACUCUGGAGUCUUAUGAAGAUCGAAAGUAUCAGAAUGAAUUAGCGGAACCUGCGCAGAAAGGAAAAAACUGCAUUAUCAUAGCCCCAACUGGUAGUGGGAAAACUAUUGUAGCAGUAAAAAUUAUCCAGCAUCAUCUCCAAGCAACCCUGAAGCAUAAAGUCAAAAAAAUUGCUUUUGUUGUGGACAAAAACAACUUAGCCAAGCAACAGUCCGAUGCAAUUAAACGCUACGUCGCCUGCAGGUUGAAGGUUAUAUCAGGGGACACAAUGCGUGAUGAAGAAUUUACAAAGCUGUCUGCCCUUCUUCCACAGUAUGACAUCUUCGUGGUAACAGCUCAGAUGCUCGUCAAUGCAAUGGAUAAAGAAGAUCUUAGCAUUGAGUCAUUUACACUUAUUAUUUUCGACGAAUGUCACCAUUGUUACGGUGGUCAUGCUUUUUACAAGACUAUGGUUCCUUACUUUGAUAAAAUGCUAGGUGGCUUGGAUAACAGUAAUGAACAGAAAAUUCUCCCGCAGAUCGUUGGCUUAACUGCUUCCAUUGGAGUUGGCAAUGCUAAAACGACCGAACAAACUGUAAAUCAUGUAAAAUCUAUGAUGGCUAAUUUGGACGCCGAUGUCCUCGUAUCUGUCCAAAUAUUCAAAGACGAAUUGGCAGCAAAAAUCAAUUCUCCAGAUCAGUCUAUUGUUAGAGUUCCAACACGAAAGAAAGAUGACUUUGGAGUAAGGAUCAUUUCCUUGAUGACCAAUACUGAGAAUUAUUUGAGAGAAGUGGAGGAUAUUGAAGAUAGAAAUGCACUGGAUCCUCCAAGAAAGAAGGGUAGUGAACAAUAUACCCAGUGGCUUCAAAAUGUUCUUUUUAAAGCUGUGGCACAAAUAACAGAUACUACCCUGAGCCGUUCGCUUUACACAGCUCGGAAAUACUUGGAGAUUUACAAUAAUGGCUUGAUAAUGCACUCGUAUGUCAGGGCAAGUGAUUCCCUGGAUACUAUCACAGGAAAAAUUGAGGAAUUACCAAAUCCAUCUUGUGAAAUAGAACAACAUCUCAAAGAAUUAUUUGAAAAUGAAAAAAGCGACCUACAGGUAAUCGCAAAAGAUAGAAGAAAGACUGAAGAAAAUCCCCUUUUAUUGACGUUGAAAGACAUCAUAAUAGACACAUAUCGGACUGAACCAAAUAUGAGGGGGAUAAUAUUUGUUCGCACACGUCAGCUGUCAGAAAUCCUCGUAUCCUGGAUGAGCACUGAUGAUGAACUGAAAAAUAUAAAGGCAAAAACAUGCACAGGAUCUAACGCAAAAAGGUCUGAAGGAGGAAUGACGAAAAAUAAGCAGAAAGAUACCAUUGAGUUGUUCAGGAAAGGUGAUUUCAAAUUGAUCGUGGCCACAACAAUUGCUGAAGAGGGAUUGGACAUCAAGGAAUGUAACCUUGUUGUAAGAUAUGAUUACGCUGGAAAUCCAAUCUCGCAGAUUCAAGCCAAAGGACGCGGGCGUGCUGAUAACAGCAGAUUUUUUAUUCUGGCCUCGGAGGAUAAAUGUGUCGCGGAGAGGGAGUGGGUUAAUUCUGAGAAAGGACCAAUGAUGGAUGAGGCAAUGGCAAUAGUUCAGAAGGAAACAGAGGCCAAUAAUGAAGGAUUUCAACGAGGGAAAAGAGAGCUACAACGUCGGGCAAAGAUGCAACGAGAAGCUGCUGCUUCCAACAACGACAUAAGAGAAACCCCUAGCGGACAGCAUGCACUCAGAUGCAUGAAAUGCAAGACGUUUCUAUGUCUGUCCAGCGAAAUGAGAAAAUUGGGUAGUCAUUAUGCAUGCAUAAAUGGGGACUUCAAAAAUCGAGUUUUCUGCAAGAAAAAUAAAAAGGUUGGAUAUAAAGGAGACGAUAUUCAAAUGGGCCUCGGAACAUUGGAAUGCAAGGAUUGUAGGGAGAAACUUGGAGUAAUUGCUCUUUACAAUGAGGUGUACUUUCCCAUUUUGCAAAUCAAGUCCUUGAAAAUUGAGGAUGAUAUGAAGCGAGGAGACACCGUUAAAAAGUGGAAAACAGUGGAAGAAAGGUAUUUCAAAGUACCUUCUAUUUCUUCAGAUGAUUUACAGAAAAUCUCAGAAAAGGGAAAGUUACUCAAUUUUGAAUGACAUUUUGCUGAAAAACCAUGACAGUUUAUCAUUAUUAAAAUAACUUAUUUUUAAAAUAAAUGCCAGCUUCAAGUAAAUGAAGAAAGAUAUUUCAUUUAUUUGUGUUAAAGAAAAAUUUUAAUCAACUUUAAAACAUUCACCUUUAUUUGUACUGGAUGUCCAAAUCGUUGGUUGUUGGAGCCCAUGUAUUGCCAGUAAUACAAAACAUUCUUUUUAAAAAGAUAUUCAGUUGCAGUUUAUUUUUUCUUACUUAUGGGAUUAUUUCUGAUGCUUUUGAGCAUUUACAUGAUUACGUUUGAAGAUAGGUCUGUUACAUUUUUUUUUAAAUUGCAUAAUUUAUAUUGGGCACAUGAUCCAACAUAUGAUGUUUGCUUUGCUCCUGAUCUGUAUUGUUUGAAUGAAUUUAUAAGCUUGAAUAUUUUUCGUGAUCUCCAUUUUUCAUUUGAUAUAUAGUGUCAGACAUGACUUAUUUAUCCAGAAGCAUAAAUUCGAGAUAAAGCAAAAUAUACUUAUACCUGAUAUUUGAUUAUAUAUUUGACUUUAUUAAGAAUUUAAAUGUUGAGCAAUUCUUUAGCUUU